AUGUCAGGGUUUACGAGCAGACAGCAUUCCCCAAUGCCAGAAUCCGAAGUUGAUAUGGAUGUAGUUGUAGCCAAAAUCAUCUCGCUAGUGGUUCUCACUGUACUUACAGUGUUGUUCGGGCUAUUUCCUUGUCGACUUAUGCAAUAUUUCGCGAAAACAAUCUUCAAACGAAAAAAGAUUUUAGACUACAUGCUUUCUUCUUUGAAAUGUUUCUCAGGGGGAGUGUUUCUUGGAACGUGCUUUUUGCAUUUGAUUCCGGAAACACGAACUAAAAUAGACCAAAUGAUGUCUCAAAUUAGAUCACAUUCCACAUAUCCAGUUGCAGAGCUAUUGACAAUGGCGGGCUUUUUCGGUGUGAUAUUUACUGAGCACGCCAUUCGGGCGCUGUAUAAGAAACUCCAAGAAAUGACUGACAGUGAUCGAGAAUGGACAGAGAGUGAAAUUUUACCCACUACACAUUCAACAAUUUUAAAAAGUGACAUUGAAGGUGAAAUUGAAUCUCGAAGUUUGCACUCAAUUCAAAAUCAAGAUGUUGAAUCAGGUUCUCACGAAAUGAACAUGAUGAAUGAGAGCGAAGAGACCAAAGAAAUCAUGGACAUGGAAAUUGAACCUGCUCCUCUUCAGGAUUUAGAGGUCAAACAGGUAGUAACGGAAUUAAGUCGUGGAGAUGAUUCAAGCAGAGGUCACAUGAGGUCAGUACUUUUUAUAACUGCCUUAUCCUUUCACGGGGUGUUCGAAGGGAUGGCCCUCGGACUUCAAAGUUUGGAGAGUAAUGUGUGGGUGUUGUGCUUCGCUAUAAGUAUUCAUAGGGGGAUUCUAGCAUUCGGAAUAGGACUACAGCACAUGCGCAAUGAUGAAAAACACAGUACAAUGGUAUUCAGUGUAGCGUCCUUUGCUAUUUUGGCCGCUGUUGGAAUUAUCAUCGGAAUCGCGAUUUCAACAGGAGCACAACUGUAUACAGACGUUAACGUCCCGAACGCUAUUCUACAAAGUCUAGCUACAGGCACACUAUUCUAUAUCAUAUUUUUCGAUAUUCUUUUCAAGGAAAUGGACGGAAACAAGGACGUAAAAAAGAUGUCGUGUACCUUCGUGGGAUUCGCUGUUAUGGCUGUGAUAUUUGCUGUUACUAGAGAAUGA